CUUCCAGCCUCUGUUCACCCUCGGUUUCGUCGCGUGUUCGAGCCUCCAUUCAGCCUCCAUUUCGCCGCUGUGCAGCCCUCUGUUCAGCCAUCUCCGUCGAGGUUUACAGCUCCAGUUCCCUCUCCCUCCUCUGCUGAUUUUCAGAACAUGUGAAAGCCAAGCUAUCUCUCAACUCAUCAACGCAUUCAUACUCUUACACUUGCAUUUCCUCUUCAUUCAACAACAACAAUCAGAAUCAGCACCACCAUCCCAAUUCCAUUCCAAUCCCCAAAGACCCCAACAAUUCUCAUUCUGAUGCUUCCUCCAUCACCAUCAAAGUCAAAGCUCCAACACCUCCAUGGAUGAAGGGUCCCCUUCUUCUCCAACCUCACGACAUCCUUGACCUCUCUAAGCCCAAAAACAAGAGGCUCAGCAAGCGCCACAUGGAUAAAGAAGAAGAAGAAUCUGAGCGUGUUGAUAAGGCCCUCCAUGGGAAAGAGGUCAGAGGGAAGAAAGUCAUGAAGAGAAUCGCCAGAAGCAUUGAGAUGCUUAGGAGAAAUCGUAAUUCAGCUGAGACCCAAUUAAGUUCUUCUGCAAAAGAAGAAAGCUUUGGAGGGUAUUUGGAGAAAUUGGAGGAGAAUGUUAUGGUUAGGAGCAAGGAGAGAAUGCCUUGGGAGAGGAAUGUGUCUGUGAUGGAUUCUUCAGCAAAAUAUGAAAACUUUGAUGGGUAUUUUGGUAAAUUGGAGGAGAAUGGUGAUGAUGAUGAUGAGAAGGUUAGGAGGUGUAAGAGGAGAAUGCCAUGGGAGAAGGAUGAGAAGAGUGUUUUAUUUGUGAGGUUGAAGAAGGAAAAGCCCGUGACUGCUGCUGAUUUAACUCUUGAUAAAGUGCUUCUCAAGAGGCUUAGAAGUGAGGCUGCAAAGAUGAGAAUUUGGGUGAAGGUUAAGAAACUUGGUGUUACACAAGAUGUUGUGGAUGAAAUCAAAAGGACUUGGAGGAACAAUGAGCUUGCCAUGCUUAAAUUUGACAUCCCCUUAUGCAAGAAUAUGGAUAGAGCCCGAGAAAUUGUCGAGUUGAAGACUGGUGGCUUGGUUGUCUGGAGUAGGAAGGAUACUCUUGUUGUAUACCGAGGAUGCAAUUAUCAGUUGACUUCUACAAGUUCUCAAAAGGUUUAUCCUCGUUAUAUUCGUGGAAAAACUAAAAAUCCUUAUGAAACAAACAUGGCGGAGUCAGUUAAAUCCAACAAUACUAGUGACAUGCCAAGCCGGAAUGGUAACCUUAAUGAUUCCGCAUCAACUUGCAUUCAAGAAGUGAAUUGCAGUGGAUCAUUGUAUGAGAGGGAGACUGAUAGAUUAUUGGAUGGCUUAGGACCUCGGUUCGUCGACUGGUGGUAUCCCAAGCCACUUCCGGUAGAUGCUGAUCUACUUCCAGAAGUGGUUCCUGGAUUUAAGCCUUCAUUUAGGCUAUGUCCACCUUAUUCAAGUGCAAAAAUUACUGAUUAUGAGCUAACAUACUUCAGGAAGCUUGCUAAACCUUUGCCAGUCCAUUUUGUCCUUGGAAGGAACAGAAGACUUCAAGGCUUAGCUGCUGCUAUCCUGAAGUUGUGGGAGAAGAGUCUUAUUGCAAAAAUUGCUAUCAAGUUUGGGGUUCCAAAUACUGACAAUGAAUCAAUGGCCAAUGAAUUGAAGCUUCUAACUGGAGGAGUUCUGUUGUUGCGUAACAAGUAUUACAUAAUUCUCUACAGGGGAAAUGAUUUCCUUCCUAGCAAUGUUGCAUCUUUGGUAGAAAUGAGAGAAUUGGAACUCAAAAGUUACCAAUUUCACGAAGAAGUUGCACGAAUGAGAGCAAAUGAAGUCAUUUCUUUUGGUGAUUACGCACAAGAAGAAACAAGUACAAGUGGAAGUUUAACAGAAUUUGAGGAAAUUCAAACGAUGCUUAAGGAUGUAAAGAAAGUCAAGGCAGAUUUAAAUAUUCAACUGGAAGCAGAAAUAUAUAGAUUGGAGAGGCAAUUGAAAGAGCAACAGCGCAAAGCUUUCAUUCUUAACAAGAAAAUAGAGAGAUCGGCAGCAGAACUAGCAAAGUUAGAUGCCGCAUGGACUCCUGCAGAGAAGGACGCAGACAUAGAAAUCAUGACUGAUGAGGAGAGACAACGUUUCCGAAAGAUAGGAUUGAAGAUGAGUGGUUUGUUAGUGCUUGGUAGGCGUGGAAUUUUUGAUGGCGUAUUGGAAGGCCUACACCAGCACUGGAAACACACAGAAGUUGUGAAGGUCAUCACCAAGCAGAGACUAAUCAGUCGGGUCAUCUACACUGCGAAAAUGCUGGAGACUGAGAGUGGUGGAAUCUUAGUUUCAGUUGACAAACUCAAAGAGGGCCAUGCAAUCAUUAUCUACCGUGGUAAAAACUAUCAACGACCUUCAGAAAAGGUAGCGAAAAAUCUCCUAACCAAAAGAAAAGCAUUGCAAAGAUCUCUUGAAAUGCAGAGACUUGGAUCACUGAAAUUUUUCGCUCAUCAGAGACAGCAGACUAUCUCCGAUUUGAAGCUAAAACUGGGUGAAUUGCAGCAGAAAAAGGAAGCCAAGCAGCGCGAAACGGACAAUUAAUGUGUGCAUAUCUAUGACAUGCAUGAUCCUGAAACUACUCUAGUUGUCUGCUCAAUUGAUGGUAUGAAAAAGUAAUAUAAUAAGAAAACCCAACAUGCAUCAGCCAUCGGUAUAUUUCUCAUCUACGCUUUUCUGCUCAGUAGUAUUGCUAAAAUAGAGAGUAAUAUAUGCCUCCUUCUGUAACACAUAUCUUUCUUACACUCUUCCAUUCUUUUUCUAAAACAUACACUCCCCUCUCUUAUGCAACGUCCCAUUUGUUCUGCUGUCUGGAACAGUUGAAACAUCUGGGUGGUGUGCUUUGGAGGGAGAGGGAAAGGAAAAGGAAAAGGGAAUGAAGCAUCUGCAGAGAUGAACAUCGAUUGCAGAGUUCAUUUUUUUCCUUUCUGCAGAUUAUGUUCUAAAUGACUGAUUAACCCUUUGUAACCGUAUGUUUGCAAUUUCAAGUUUCAAAAGAGCAGGAUUUAAACUUUGAACUUUGAGGUGUUAAUUUUAUACUGCAAAGCCUUCUCUGAUCCUUUCCCUUCCAUUCCCUUCCAAAGUCAUAGUUUUGAUUUAAAGUAUCAUCAAUAAUACUUGACGUUGUUUUUAGUAUAGUUUGCAAGGUUCUACCAAGUACCCACCACACAAUAUCAAGAUUUAGAUCACUGUGUAUGAGAGCAAGGACGUGGAAGUGUAUAAAGUAUAUGAAAAAUUUUCAAGUGUACUAAGUAUAUUGAUAUUUCAAUCA